AUGACUAUUAUCCGUGACGCUCUGUCUCCUCUCACAAACACUGUGAUCGUUCCACAUUCCGGCCUGAAUAAUUCUUCUUUUGACGACGAUCAUAAAGUCAAGUUUCAGUCCUCUUCGGUUUUACGGAAUACCACUGGCUGCAUGAGAAAUCUGAGUUCAGCAGGAGAAGAGGCUCGCAAGCAGAUGAGAUAUUGUGAAGGGCUGGUAGACUCCCUCCUCUUUGUGAUUCAGACCUGCGUGAACACAUCAGAUUUUGACAGCAAGACAGUGGAGAACUGUGUCUGUACGUUAAGAAACCUAUCUUACCGUCUAGAAUUGGAAGUGCCUCAAGCUCGCUUGCUGGGAAUUAAUGAAAUGGAGGACUUCUGCAAGGAAUCCCCCAGCAAGGAAUCUGACUCGAGCUGUUGGGGUAAAAAA